AAGUGAAAACUUUGUUGACACUAAGUUAAUUCUGUUGGCAGUAUUGAAAACUAUAUUCCUUUUUCUGGGUACACGUUGAGAAGUGUGUGUGAACGAUGAGUUCGUUAAAACUUCAGAAGAGGCUAGCAGCCUCUGUUAUGCGAUGUGGAAGAAAAAAAGUUUGGUUAGAUCCUAAUGAAAUAAACGAAAUUGCUAACACAAACUCAAGACAGAACAUCCGUAAAUUAAUUAAGGACGGUCUUAUAAUUAAAAAACCGGUAGCAGUACAUUCUCGUGCUCGAGUUCGUAAGAAUACUGAGGCUCGUAGGAAAGGAAGACAUUGUGGGUUUGGUAAAAGGAAAGGUACAGCCAAUGCCCGUACUCCUCAGAAGGAAUUAUGGAUACAACGUAUGCGAGUCUUACGUCGUUUAUUGAAAAAGUACCGUGAAGCUAAAAAAAUUGACAGACAUCUUUACCACUCACUUUACAUGAAAGCCAAGGGUAACGUUUUCAAAAAUAAGCGUGUUCUUAUGGAAUACAUUCACAAAAAGAAGGCAGAGAAAGCACGUGCCAAGAUGUUGGCAGACCAGGCUAAUGCCAGAAGAAUGAAGGUGAAACAAGCUAGGGAAAGACGUGAAGAACGUAUUGCGACUAAAAAGCAGGAAGUGUUGCUAAAUUAUCAGAGGGAAGAUGAAGCUGCUGCUGCUAAGAAAUAAAUUUUUUAUUCAGUAAUAAAAAUAUAAAAAUGAUAA